AUGCUCUUCACCAAGGUCCUCCUCGCUCUCCCCUUCAUUGGCGCCGCUUUUGCUGCCCCAGGCAUCCACGCCAUCCACUCCAUCCACGCACCCGUCAUCCCGCGUGACUUGGACGUCCUGAGCGUGGUCGCGGACCUGAAGGCAUCGGUCGCCGCAUCGGUCGGCGAUAUCACCCUCGUCUCCACCCAGGUCGAGGUCGAGGCCGCCCUCGUCGCCGUCAUCGGCGCGUUCGACACCUGCCACUCCGCCUUCGACCUCGGUGCCGCUGUAGGUAUCGCUGCUGGUGCCUCCGUGGACGUCGAGCUGCUCAAGUCCAAGUUCGACGCUCUCCCCGAGAUCAAGCAUGAAGUCGCUCAGAUCCUCGCCGAGACGAUCCAGCUCGUAGACGGUCUUAUUGUCCUCAUCUCCGCCGACAUCAAGGCUAUCGCUGCCAUCGACGACCUCCUCCACAAGCUCUCACCUACCAUCGAGACCCUCCUCAUCUCCGUCGAGGUCAUCCUCGUCGGCGUAACCGCUCUCGUCGCCGAGGUGCUCGUCACACUCGGUGUGGUCCUCAGUCCCCUCCUCUCGGGCGUCAACUGCCUCCUUGGCGGUCUGCUUGCUGGCAUCAUCGGCCACGGCCACUGCUAA